AUGCACGACGUGCUUUUCGGUUUCAACUCCGUUUUGCCUAGUCAAUGGUACAGUCCAUCGAGCUGCGGGGAUGCCGAUUUGAAGAGGCAACAAAUUCGGACUUUCAGAUACAACACGACUCGCCUAAUUUCCCUCUCCGAGUUGUCCUCAUGGGAGCACUAUCUGCUCGACAUUCGUGUCAACAAGGCAACUGCUGUAAAAAUUCCCAUUGUGGAAAGAUCCAUUGAUGAACGAUGUCUCUGUUGCCGGGUCCAUGGCCCCGAAUUCAUUCCCACUCAAAUUCUUCGUUUAUGGCGUUUACUUUGCAAUGAUGAUUUUAUGGUUGUUUUCCCUUUUGUAACAAUUUUUGCUGUUUGCCCAUCCGGAACUCAACCCUCACUGAAAGAGAAUCAAUGUCUGACGAUCGUCUUGAAUCAAUUUCUCACCGCACAAGACGGCGAUUUUCGGUGCCAGAAUGCUAAUGGACGAUCGGCUAGAUUCGAGAACUCUUUCGACAAUCAGUUUGCAGUGAAAGCUGCACAAGCUGCCACUUCCUACGAGAGUUUCAACAUCGGCAUCUAUCGCCUCAACCAAACAUGGUUUUUCUUGGAUGACAAAUACAACUCAGCACCGAUCAGCUAUUUCAACUGGGCACCAGGCCAACCAUCCUCUCCAAAUCUUGACCUGGAUUGUGUUUAUUUAAACACCACCGAUUCCCUGUGGUACACAGAAAGUUGUACAGCUGUUCAGCCAUAUUUCUGCGAAUUGCCAGCACUGAAAAGUCCAAUGUAUUGUACGGAUACCGCAAAAGCUGAUAUCUUUUUUCAUGGUAGAAGAAGUUUUGCGAGCCUUCGACUCGGCCAUUCAAACGCAAUGGUUCUCCAACUCGUCUUGCAUUGUCUACUACUCGACAAAUGGUUCAACAAUCAACAACCAGAUUUUUGCAGUGAUCGCUUCUCAACAAUCUACUCGUCGAUUAUGACCGGAGGGAUCACCAAAAAUCCAUACCCAGAUAUUUCUAUCCCAAUUCAAGUUGCGCAAAACUACACAGAAGGGCUAAAUUGUAAUUGUCGACGAUUGGACUCAAAAUACGGCGUGAAACAGUUAAUGAUCUGGAUUCCGAAUAGCGAUCGUUACGAAGCCUCAUCCCCGGUUUCUCUGGAUCAAUUACCUAGCUGGCAGCAUUUCCUCUUGCCCAUCAAGUUCACCAAAGCUCAAGCGACGUAUCCUUUGUGGAUUGACUCAAGAAUGGUUGAAAUUGUGCAACCGGAUCGUGACAAUUUCAUCCCGACACUUGUCGAAUUUAUAUGGCAACUUUUAUGCGAGCAAACGAAUCAGUCUGGGCCAUUACCACCACCGCCGUUUAUC